GCCUAUAAAAAGAGGAGAUAUUUUGCCACCAGAAAGAGGCAGAGAGGUUGCCAAGGAACUUGGGAUACCAUAUUAUGAAAGCAGUGUAUUUGACCAGUUUGGAAUUAAAGAUGUGUUUGACAAUGCAAUUAGAGCUGCCCUGAUCUCCAGAAGACACCUGCAAUUCUGGAAAUCACAUUUGAAAAAGGUCCAAAAACCUCUACUUCAAGCUCCAUUCCUACCUCCGAAAGCACCUCCUCCCAUUAUCAAAAUUCCAGAGUGUCCCAUACCGAGCAUGAAUGAAGCUGGAUAUUUGCUGGAUAACCCACUGUGUGCGGAUGUUAUGUUUGUUCUCCAGGAGCAGAACUUCAUUUUUGCUCACAAGAUUUACCUAGCUACCUCCUCCUCCAAGUUUUAUGACCUUUUUUUAAUGGAAUGCGAGGAAAGUCCAAGCUUGGAUGAAAUAAAAUGUAACAGAGAAAGUACAGACAGGGAUGCUCCGACAUCUCAUUGUGAGACAAAUGAGGAUAGUGAUGAGGUACCCUUAAAAUCUGCCGAAGUCAAACUUCCAGCACCAGGAAGUGAGGACUCUCUAAACACCCUGGACCCUGAAGCUGGUGAAAGUAGUUCUGCAGCAAGGUCUCUCUCAUCCUGGGGUAAAGGGUUCGUCAGUGUGCACAAGGAAAUGCAAGUGAACCCUAUUUCAAAUAGGACGUGUCCUGUAACUGUGGUAAGAAUGGACUCAUCUGUGCAGGCUGGACCUUUUAAAACUGUUUUGCAGUUUUUGUACACGGGGCAACUGGAUGAAAAUGAAAAUGAUCUCACAAGAUUAGCUCAGAUUGCUGAAAUCUUGGAAGUAUUUGAUUUGCGAAUGAUGGUGGAGAAUAUUAUGAAUAAAGAAGCCUUCAUGAAUCAAGAGAUUACGAAAGCAUUUCAUGUCAGAAAAGCUAAUCGGAUAAAAGAGUGCCUUUGUAAAGGGACAUUUUCGGAUGUGACAUUUAAAUUGGAUGAUGGAACCAUAAAUGCCCACAAGCCACUGCUGAUCUGUAGCUGUGAAUGGAUGUCUGCGAUGUUCGGAGGAUCAUUUAUUGAAAGCUCAAACAGUGAGGUAGUUCUUCCCAACAUAAACACGACUUCCAUGCAAGCAGUUUUGGAUUACCUGUAUACCAAACAACUGUCCUCCAGUCAGGACCUGGACACACUUGAGUUAAUUGCUUUGGCAAAUAGGUUUUGCCUUCCUCACCUGGUUGCACUAGCAGAGCAGCAUGCGGUACAAGAGCUAACAAAAGCCUCCAUGAGCGGCGCUGCAAUAGAUGGAGAAGUGUUAUCCUACCUGGAAGUGGCCCAGUUUCACAAUGCUAACCAGCUGGCAGCUUGGUGUUUGCACUACAUCUGCACCAAUUACAACAGUGUUUGCUCCAAAUUCCGCAAGGAAAUCAAAGCUAAAUCUUCAGAUAAUCAGGAAUACUUCGAGAGGCAUCGCUGGCCACCUGUGUGGUACCUAAAGGAGGAAGAUCACUACCAGCGAGUUAAGAAAGAGAGAGAGAAGGAAGACGUUGCGCUGAACAAGCACCAUUCAAGGCGGAAGUGGUGCUUCUGGAACUCCUCUGCUGUGGUCGCCUGAGCAAAGCAAACAGGUGGAAAUCUGUAGCCAGCCUCAGAAAUUAGUCUUAUUGUUAGAAAUAAGAUGUAGUUCAGGUUUUCAGGCACUAACUUUGUUCCACAUGUGUGCAUUUAUUAUUGCUGUGGUCAAAAGCACAAGCUCACUUAAAGUGAGCCUGGAACAGCUCCUUGAAGUCAUAUGUAUAUUUUUGGCUAGUAAGCAGAUAAAUGUCUACCAUUAUUACUUUUCUUUUUAUACAAAAAAAAUCCAGCAUUAAUGUUUCAAACUCCAAUGGGGAAAUAUUUUUAUACUGUCUGGUGUAUUUUGUUUAAAUACAAUUCUGGAUUUCAUUUUGUUUUACAGAUGACAAAAUAACCAUGUAGCAGCUUUGUAAUUAGAUUUUAACUAUUUUUCCUAUGCGAGUACAGUGAAAUAGAGAAUCCUCAGUCGUAAGAGACCACCUUUAGAAUAUCCCAUAAAAAGUCAUUGUAG